UGUGUGGGUACUGGGUAUCUAUUAAUCUGUGGUGGAUAACCUUAGCCUUGUUGAUAAAAAAGUUACAAUUUUUGUUAAAACUUUAAUUUUCAAAAUAAAUAUCAAAUGAUGCCUUCUUCGGCAAAACUAAAGGAUAUAAAACCGGAGCCCGUGGCGUAUAGCGAUGUAGCGCUCAGAAAUAAUGCAGCGGUCGUCGAGUACUGUAGGACUUCCAUGGCUGCUUUGUCGGGAUCCACAGCAGGUAUCCUGGGCUUAACAGGUCUAUACGGAUUUGCCUUCUACGUGUUUGCAGUGGUCAUUCUAUGGAUGAUGUUCAUGAUAAAAGCUGGUCCCACAUGGCACAAAUACUAUAUAUCACGGCAGAGUCUUUUAACGAACGGUUUCUUCGGAGCACUGUUCACAUAUGUACUGUUUUGGACUUUUAUAUAUGGUAUGGUACAUGUAUAUUAGAAUAUAUUAGAUGAAAUUAGAAUAUUUGAUGCAAAUAUAUGGUAUGGUACAUGUAUAUUAGAUAUAUAUUAGAUGAAAUGGUAAUGUAAUAACUGUUUAUUAUAAUAAUGUGGCUUUGGGUUUCUGAAUCUGUAUGGUGUAAAAUACUGUAUGUACAUAUUUUCUCAGUAGCAGUUCAGAGUUAAGGUUUUAAAAUAUAUUAGAUGAAAUGGCUGGAAAUUUAAUGACUGUUUAUUAAUAAUAAGCUAAAGCAGGGCUGUCCAAACAAGACUAUGUGGCUUUGGGUUUCUGAACCUGUGUUGGUGUAAAAUACUGGGUUUUUCUUUAUUCUCAAUAGCAGUCCAAAUAAUUUCUAGAAAAGAGAUUAUUUGAAUAAUCCAAUGGUCUAUUUGAAUAAUAUCUACGAUUUUUAGAACCAAGGGUCCAGACCAUCACGGGUGUUUUUCAUAAGUAAAAUAUUUUGUAAAAUCAUCAAUCAUAAAUUUCAAGAUAGUAUCUUCAAGUAGGACUUUAAUAAAGCCAUAAUACAAAAGAAUCCUUACUAAUCCAGCACUAAGAGUGUCAGAUAAUAAUUCAACAUAACAGUUUCAUAAAGUGCUUGAUUAGUAAGAUUCUAUUGUACUUAUUUUGCAUAUUAAAUUUCAUAAUAAUUACUUUUCAGCCUAUCCUAUCAGUCUUACAACAAAUAUGUAUGAAAGCAAACAGGUGAAGGGCAUUUGCUAAUUUGUAUCAAAGACAAUGUAAUAAUGUUUUCUGUUUAUUCUUCUUUCUCUACUAAUUAUUAAAUAAGGACCCAAAUUCACUAAUAAAAUUGUGUCUGUAAUUUUUUGAGUAAUACAAACUUAGAUCUAUACUAAUGUAUAAAGCUGAAGAGUUAGUUUGUUUGUUUGAACGCGCUAAUCUCAGGAACUACUGGUCCGAUUUGAAAAAUUCUUUCAGUGUUAGAUAGCCCAUUUAUCGAGGAACGCUAUAGGCUAUAUAUUACCCCCGUACUCCUACGGGAACGAGAACCACGCGUGUGAAACCGCGCGGCGUCAGCUAGUAAGGUAAUAUAUCUUAUACUAAACUAGAAGUUGUUGACCGCUUUUACACCAUUUAACUACACAAAAAGGUAUUUUUUCAGACCUCUUUUAACACUAUAGACUCGAUGUUUCAUAGUAAUCAUUACUAUGAAACAUCGAGUCUAUAGAGACAGUGUUAUAAUCGCAUUAGAUCAUUGAUCAUAUACUUUGACAGAAAAGUAACGUCUAGCGAUGCAGGUUCUUAUGUAUUUAGUCUGAGUAAGUGUAGAUAUUAAUAAUAGUUUUAAGCCUAUUUGAAUGUUAUUGUUUAAUUUAUAUUAUGUUUAAUUAUAUUAGAGUGACAAACAA